GCCCAACCAAGCCGGCAUUUCAAUUGUUCCUGCGACAUGAGGUGUUGUUUCCUGUAGCCAGCUAUGGCACCAGGCGAUGUGGUGCCAGACAAUGCCAAGCAGCUGAAGUCCAAGGACAAGCGGCCUGGAAACAGAGCAUCGAAAGCAGACUGCGAGCCCGACGGGUCCUUUGUGUUUGAGGCUCAUGAGGCUUGGAAGGACUUCCAUAACUCACUCCGGCAUUUCUACGAAGUAGGAGAGCUCUGUGAUGUCACUCUGAAGGUUGGCAGCAGGCUGAUACCAUGCCACAAGCUGGUGCUGGCCUGUGUAAUCCCUUACUUCAGGGCCAUGUUCCUGUCAGAGAUGUCAGAGGCCAAGCAGGAACUGAUAGAGAUCAAGGACUUUGAUGGUGAUGCCAUCCAGGACCUGGUACACUUUGCCUACUCCUCCCGGCUCACAUUAACUGUAGAUAAUGUGCAGCCCCUGCUUUAUGCAGCCUGCAUCCUUCAGGUGGAGUUGGUAGCAAGGGCCUGCUGUGAGUACAUGAAGGCCCACUUCCACCCCACCAACUGCCUGGCAGUUCGCACCUUUGCUGAGAGCCACAAUCGUGUGGACCUGAUGGACAUGGCCGACCGCUAUGCCUGCGAGCACUUCACCGAGGUGGUGGAGUGCGAGGACUUCACAUGUGUGUCUCCCCAGCACUUGCGCACAUUAUUGUCCUCAAACGAGCUCAAUAUCCACUCUGAGACACAGGUGUACAACGCAGCCGUGAAAUGGCUAAAAGCAAAUCCACAACACCACGAGGCCUGGCUGGACCAGAUCAUGUGUCAGGUGCGGCUCCCCCUGCUCCCUGUAGAGUUCCUGACAGGAACUGUGGCUAAGGACGACAUGAUCAAAGGUAACCUUAGUUGUCGUGACCUGAUGGAUGAAGCCAGGAACUACCACCUACACCUCAGCAACAAGGUUGUGCUGGACUUUGAAUAUUCAGUCCGCACCAUACCCCGGAAACACACUGCAGGGGUUUUGUUCUGUGUGGGUGGCCGGGGAGGUUCUGGUGACCCAUUUCGUAGUAUAGAGUGCUUCUCCAUCACUAAAAACAGCUGGUUCUUUGGCCCUGAAAUGAACAGCAGACGACGUCACGUGGGCGUAAUAUCUGUAGGAGGUAAGGUUUAUGCUGUCGGGGGCCAUGAUGGUAAUGAACACUUGGGCAAUAUGGAGAUGUUUGACCCCCACACCAACAAGUGGAUGAUGAAAGCCUCCAUGAACACUAAGAGGAGGGGUAUAGCACUGGCAGCUCUCGGUGGUCCUAUUUACGCCAUUGGAGGUCUGGAUGACAACUCCUGCUUCAACGACGUGGAGCGUUACGACAUCGAAAGUGACUGCUGGAGCGCUGUAGCUCCGAUGAACACACCCAGAGGAGGAGUGGGCUCUGUGGCAUUGGGGAGUUUCGUGUACGCAGUUGGAGGCAAUGAUGGCGUGGCGUCGCUGUCCAGUGUGGAGCGGUUUAACCCCCACCUCAACAAGUGGACAGAGGUCAACGAGAUGGGCCAACGACGAGCUGGAAAUGGAGUCAGCAAACUCAAUGGCUGCCUCUAUGUAGUUGGUGGUUUUGAUGACAACUCCCCCCUGAGCUCCGUAGAGCGCUUUGACCCACGAAUGCAACACUGGGAGUACGUCUCUGAGCUCACCACCCCACGUGGUGGAGUUGGGGUCGCCACUGUAAUGGGAAGAGUGUUCGCAGUCGGGGGCCACAAUGGUAACAUCUACCUGAACACAGUGGAGGCUUUUGAGCCUCGAAUGAACAGAUGGGAGCUGGUUGGUUCAGUGUCUCACUGCCGUGCUGGAGCUGGAGUGGCUGUGUGUUCAUCUCACGUCAGCCACAUCAGGGAUGUCGGCCAGGGGUCCAGCAAUGUGGUCAACUGCAUGUGACCUUCGCUCCACCUCCCAGGUGACUGUCUUCCAUGUCACCAUCAGAUCUGAUCACUGCAAAAGCACAUGACACAAAGCACACUAACAGUGACAGUGUCUUCCCCAAGCAGCGUCACUUCACUGCUAUCAGUCUGAACAGCAGCCUCCGGUGUGUGACUGAUGAGUGAGGCUGAUGUUCAGUCUGCACAGUGACUGAGGAACAGUGGGGAGAUUUUUGUGACUUGAAGUGCACAUCUGACAAUUUUGAAGUCUUCUCCGAGCUGUCUAACAAAAUGACACAUUCAAGACUCUUGACUCCUGCUGGUGUUAUUUUGCGAUCAGUGAUGUAGUAUUUUGUACUGUAUUUUCUUUUGUUUACCGCCUGUAAGGGAAAAAAGUAGCUGAGCCUUGCACUCAAUACUAACCUCUUGAAAAUGAGAGGUGAGUUUCGAUUCAGAGCUACUAGAAUUACUGUGCACAUCAUGAACUGUAUCGUGGGCCAGUAUGAAAGAAUUUCAAAGGUCUCUUUAUUAAGACUGUCUCUGGGUUUCUCUUUGGUGCUGCGGUUGUUUUCAUUUUGCAGAGAGACGUGAAACAUUAGUAAUUUGAAAAUAAUCAUACUGGAUUCGACGCCUUUUUUGCAGUGCAGCGUGUGCAGUUAGAACACUAACAUUUUCAUCUACAAAUAUGAAAUAGGGUGUCAAGAUGUCAAAUGCAUUUCCAAGAUGUCACGAAG